AACUGGUCUAAGGUGCAAAGGAAUUUUCGAUACAUCGAGCGAGAACUGAUGUUGAUUUACUGUAUCAAUAUCAAAAUCAAUUAUCAAUAGUUUGCAGGAAGAUUUUGACACGUUGUUUUGUUCUGAAUGUUAUAUUAUUAAAUCAUAAAUAUUAAGAACAAAUAACAGAUCCAUCUGAAACUAUCCUACGAAAAUUCAAUGAUAUCAUGGAUCCAGAUUUGGAAUCUUUGAAGAGAAGAACUGCUGCGUCUGAAGAUAAACUUCAGAGAAUCAUUGAGACAUUCAACAAGUUGAAGCAAGGAUAUGAAAAUUUAAACUCAGAAGAUGAUGUACCACCUGAGUUGGUUGAUCUUGCAUUGAAAAAUGCUAAAUUGAAGUACCAACUAAAUAUAUUGAAUAGAGCUAUUGAAGAGGAAAAGAAGAAACUGUCGUCGGCAGGUGGCAAGAGUGUAACGGCGACGGCGCCAGUUGGCAAGACUGGUUCGGCACCCGAGAGCGUAAUGGAGGAGACAAGCGUUCGCGCACGGUUGGCAGCCCUGUUCGCGACGGCUAUUGCCCGGGCAUUCAGUGAUGUGCCUGAUGCGCCUGUGUUGCUCGAACUCUCCAAAUACGACAAGUUCGGCGACUACCAGUUCAACUCUGCCAUGGCCAUAUCGCAGAUACUCAAGGCUCAAGGCAUCAAGAAAUCACCUCGCGACGUAGCGCAAGCUAUCUACUCAGAAAUUCCGAGCAACAAAAUGAUCAAUAAGCUGGAAAUAGCGGGCCCCGGAUUCAUCAACAUCUGGCUGGAGCGAUCCGUCGGUCAGGAAGUGCUCGGUGACAUUCUCAAGAACGGCGUGCGACCUCCCAAGCUCAAGAGAAAGCUGAAGGUCAUUGUCGACUUCUCGUCGCCCAAUAUUGCUAAAGAAAUGCAUGUCGGUCAUCUAAGAUCGACAAUAAUAGGCGACAGCAUCAGCCGGCUGCUGGAGUUUGUGGGUCAUGACGUGCUACGACUGAACCACGUGGGCGACUGGGGCACUCAGUUCGGAAUGUUGAUCGCCCAGCUCACCGACAUGUUCCCCGACUACCUGGUCCGGUCGCCCUCUGUCUCCAACCUGCAACAAUUCUACAAGCAGAGCAAACAGCGUUUUGACGAGGAUGAACAGUUCAAGAAGAGGGCCUACGCCUAUGUGGUCAAAUUGCAAAGCUUCGAGCCGGACACCAUCACAGCUUGGAAGCUGAUCUGUGAUGCGUCCAGGAAAGAAUUCCAAAAAGUAUACGAUCGCCUAGGUAUCAAAUUGGUGGAAAGGGGAGAAUCGUUCUACCAGAAACACAUGGAAAAGCUGGUUAAAGAUCUAGAUUCGAGAGGUUUACUAGAAGAGGACGAAGGUAGAAAGGUCAUGUUUAGUGGCGUUGAAGGACAAAUUCCAAUGACGAUAGUGAAGUCGGAUGGUGGAUUCACGUACGAUACCUCCGAUCUUGCCGCAUUGAAGCAACGUAUCCAAGACGAAAAAGCUAAUUGGACAAUUUACGUAGUUGAUAGUGGUCAGUCACUUCAUUUUCAACUGCUUGAACACUGUGCCAAAAAAGCUGGAUUCAUCAGCAACGAUUUCAGGUUUGAUUUUGUUGGCUUUGGUGUGGUUCUUGGCGAGGACAAGAAGAAAUUCAAAACGAGGUCCGGGGAAACGGUGCGAUUGGUUGAACUGCUGGAUGAAGGCGUGAAGAGAGCUCGCGAAACGCUUGUUGAGAAAGGAAGAGACAAGGUGCUUGAGGAGUCUGAACUGCUGGCCGCUCAGAAUUCAGUGGCCUAUGGCUGCAUCAAGUACUCAGAUCUGGCGCACAAUCGCAUCAACGAUUAUGUUUUCUCGUUUGAUAAGAUGCUGGAAGACAAGGGAAACACAGCUGUCUACCUUCUGUACGCCUACACGAGGAUCUGUUCAAUUGCUAGAAAUGCGAACAUCACUCGCCAGCAGAUCACAGACUCGAUUGCUGCCAACGAGGCCCUUUCGCUAGACCAUCCCAAGGAAUGGAAGCUGGCCAAGGUUCUGUUGAGAUUUGAAGAUGUCAUCGUGCGAAUUACAGCAGAUCUGUACUUGCAUCAACUUUGUGACUUCCUUUAUGAAAUAGCUACCAGUUUUACAGAGUUCUACGACAGUUGUUACUGUAUAGAAAAGAACAAAACAGGUGAAAUAAUAAAAGUUCACAUGGGUCGGCUUCUGCUGUGUGAAGUGACAGCUUCGAUAAUGGCCAAAUGCUUUGACAUUUUGGGUCUUGAACCGGUUUCACGAAUGUAACACAUAAACUAGAAUAAAAAAAUUGAUAAAUUA